AUUAGAGUUUACACUUAUGUAUAUAAAUCUAUGUUAAAUACAUAUAAUACCAGCAUUUAUAACUAGAAAUGACCAAUUAAGCUGAUAUUGGUCCGUUUGGGAUGUGGUCAUAUGGCUGGUGGCCCAGUUAACCGUCUCGCGCUUGGCAAUACGGCCGAACAACUGCAGGCGCCGCAUAUUUAAUAUUGUUUUGAUACACGCCUCCCUCAACCUCUAAUCGUACCAACAGCUUUUUGCAUCCGUUUCACAUCUACAACUAUGCCUUCUCAAACCUGGUUAGACAAUAUACGCGGAUUACCGCUUCCGCGAAGUACCCCUAUUAUACUUAAUAUUUCGCCUAGCGCCCCUCUGCCUUCCCUGGUGUCAGAUCUCCCGGCGUCAGACACCUUGAUCAACACGAAGCUCGAAUACAUCGAGAGUCAACAAAGGGAGUCUUCGAAGCUCCACUACGAGCUCAUCAGUCUCACCAAGACCUCGGAUUUGUACGUUAGCCACGUGAAGAAGCGGAGUGAGUCAAUGAAGAAACUUGAUGGCACGCUAAAAAAACUUUCGUGGCUCGACGAUAUAUAGGCGAAUUCCUAUACGUCAAC